CGUUUCUAACCCAUAAUUUCCUAAUUUGAUGUUUACAGUUUGGAGUACUGGGCUUUUGAGCUUCUUGUGUUAUUAGCUGGUUUGAUGCCAAACUCAGAAACAACUACUUCUCUGAUUGCAAUGAGUGUAAAUACUGAAGCCAUUGCCUACACUAUCUCUUAUGGUCUGAGUGCAGCUGCAAGCACUAGGGUGGCAAAUGAGUUAGGAGGUGGAAAUAUUGACAAAGCUAAGCAUGCUAUGUUUGUUACUCUCAAGCUAUCUGUUCUUGUUGCUCUUAUAGUUGAUUUGGUUCUAUUUUUUGGUCAUGAUGUCUGGGCUGGCCUAUUCAGUGAUAAUACAGAAAUAAUAAACAAAUUUGCCACUAUGACACCUUUGCUCUUAAUCUCCUUUCUAUUCGAUUUCUUUCAAGGAAUUUUAUCAGGGGUGGCUAGGGGAUGUGGAUGGCAACAUUUGGCUAUGUGCAUCAACUUGGCAACAUUCUAUUUUAUUGGUAUGCCAAUAGCUGGCCUCCUUGCCUUCAAGUUCAACUUACAUGCUCAGGGUUUAUGGAUGGGCUUGAUAUGUGGUCUAGCUUGCCAAGGUUUGGGCUUAUUGCUACUAACAUUAUUCAUCAAAUGGGAAAAAAUAGAGGCCUCAACAAAGAGCAAUAGUGAAAAUGAACUUCUACCUUAAGCAUGAAUCCAUGAGAAUCACUUGCUUAUUGGGCCAUUGGUGGGAU